AUGAAGGAGAAUGAAACCGCGAUUGGAAGUUCAAGCAAGGUGGUUAGAAAAAAGAACCAAAAGAGGGCAAGGAUAGAGGUUGAAGAGGAUGAAGAGGAUGAAGAGGACGAAGAGGACGAAGAGGAGGAAGAGGAGGAAGAGGAGGAAGAGGACGAAGAGGACGAAGAGGAGGAAGAGGAGGAAGAGGAGGAAGAGGAGGAAGAGGAGGAAGAGGAGGAAGAGGAGGAAGAGGAGGAAGAGGAAUAA